AAACAAUUCUAUCACUGCUUAAUAAAUCACGAAAUCGAAAUUAAAUUUUUGACACGAAAGACGCUACAAAAAAUUGGGAAGAGAUAUUUAACGAAGGGUAGCAAAAUCGUUGGUGUUGCCGGUCGCAAUUUACCCCUCUCUACCCACUUUGGUUAGAACCAAAUUAGUUUUGCCAUCCCAAUAACUGCAGUUUUUCCUGUAGUGCAGCAGCGAAAAAUGGGAAUUUUCACAGCCACCUAUAUAAAUAAUUUUGGUUUUCUGCUUCUGAAGUCUGUCGCAAACUUUACAUUGCUAAUGUCUCUUUUGCUAGUUGGAAUCAGUUUUUUUCGUUUUGCAGAUGGACUCGAGAACGGACUGGCACGAACACCGCCGAUGGGCUGGAUGCCCUUUGAGAGGUUCCGCUGCGUGACGGACUGCGCUCGUUUUCCGAGAGACUGCAUCAGUGAGACGCUCAUCAAACGUACAGCAGAUCUGCUGAUAUCCCACGGAUACGCCGCUGCGGGAUAUCAGUAUGUUAUAAUCGACGACUGUUGGAUGGAGACCCAUCGCGAUGAGACCACGCACGAGCUUUUGCCUAGCUUGGACCGAUUCCCCAGCGGUAUGAGAUUUCUCGGUGAAUAUAUUCAUAGCCUAGGGUUAAAGUUUGGACUCUACCACGACGUAGGUGAGAAGACUUGCAUGUUCCGGGGUCCUGGAGCUGCUCGGCAUUUCGAGCUAGAUGCCCAGACAUUCGCCAACUGGGGCGUCGACUACGUGAAGAUGGAUGGUUGUUAUGCAAGCGACGCGGAACUCGACAGUGGCUAUCCCGCAUUUGGCAAGGCCUUGAACAAAACGGGUCGUCCCAUUGUUUACUCCUGCAGCUGGCCAUUUUAUAAGUCAAAGCCUGACUACUCACUAAUUUCGCAACAUUGUAAUCUAUGGCGGUUCGCAGUCGACAUAGAGGAUUCUCUGGCAUCGGUAACUAAUAUAAUGUCACGAUACUCCAGCAUGCAGAAUGUUCUGACGGCGCAUUCUGGUCCUGGUCGCUGGAACGAUCCUGACAUGCUUGUCCUGGGGAACUUUCGCUUGAGUUAUGAUGCCAGCCGCCUGCAAAUAGCUAUUUGGGCUGUACUUGCGGCACCUUUGAUUAUGACCAACGACUUGGAAACCGUACGACCAGAAAUAAGGGAUCUGCUUCAGAACCGUGAAAUAAUAGCGAUUGAUCAGGACCCGAUGGGCUUGCCCGGAAAAGUUGUUAUGAAAUUUCGAAAUAUCCAGGUUUGGGCACGUCCUGUACGACCCGUGAACGACUUUGGGGACAGCUCGCUUGCAGUAGCAUUCGUCAACCAGGGGGGCCUUCGUGUCUGCCCCUUGUGUCCUCAAACAUUCGAUGUACUGUUGUAUCGUCUGGGUCUAAACAGCCGCACUGGAUAUUCUGUGGUGGACUUGUUCAAUAAAAGCCAUAGCUUAGGUUUGUUUAAGCCAAAUGAUAAGUUUAUCACGCGAAUCAACCCGGAAGGAGUGACGUUCUACAAGUUUACAGUAGGGAGCUCCUACUGAUGCAUUUAAUAAAAUUUACUGCACAAUUUGCCUUCUAAAGAUGAUGAGGUCAAGUAAUUGUCAGCAAUUUUUAGAACACAA